AUGAGAUUCCCACCAGCAGAGGUCCGCGCGCACUGGCCCAAGCCGAACUAUGUCGACCCCGUUGUCCGAGGACCUGGCCUCAUGAUAGUCGAGCUGACCCUAGUGCCUAUUGCUCUCAUCUGUGUUAUCCUGCGGCUCUGGAUCCGGAUCGGAUGGCUUCACAAGAGUUGGUGGGAUGACUACCUUAUGGUGGUUGCCAUGAUCUUCUCUUGUCUCACAACGGCCUUGGUCAUCAUGGCGGUCCAGAUGUACGGAUGGAACCUCCAUGUUUGGGAUGCAACCAUUCCACUGUUGCAGAAUGGUCGAAAGGCAUCACUGGCCGGUCAGAGCCUCUUCGUUCUUGCGUCUAGCUUCGCCAAAAUGUCUAUCCUUGUCUCGUAUUUCCGCGUUGCGCCCCAGAAGUCGACAUUCCGCAAACUCGUUUGGGUCACCUUGGGCAUUGUAAUUGCAGCCUUCCUCACCUUCCUCAUCGCCCUCUGGUUGCAGUGCAUACCGAUCUCAAGCUACUGGACUCUGCUCGCUGGAGAUGGCGACUGCAUAGCCGAAGGUCCUCCCCUGGUUACCCAGACCGUGGUCAACGUUGUAACCGACUUCAUGAUAUACGCUCUUCCGAUCCCUACCCUGUUCAGCUUGUCGCUUCCCAUGAUCCAGCGCGUCGGUCUCGUUAUCCUUUUCUCCGUCGGCGGCGUCAUCGUCGUUGCCGGCAGCUUCCGCGCCUACUGGGUCCACUACGUCCUAUACGAGACAUACGAUACCACUUGGUAUGGUUAUGAGAUCUGGCUCUGGACUGCCAUCGAGACCAAUGUCGGAGUGAUGUGCGGAUGCAUUCCCGCGUUGAAACCUCUGCUCUUCCCUGUGAGGGCUCGCGCGAACGGCUCCAAAUAUGCCAACGGCUCGACCCAUAGCCGCAGGAAGGAGAAGGUGACGCCGGUCCUCGACCAAGUAGAGAUGGACACGCGCAAGUUGACCCAAACCGACUCAAGACCGGACACUGCUACUGCACACGUGCAAAUCAGCCACGGUCUGCGACCGAUGAGCGGGGCCACCGACAAGAGUCGGUUCGAUUACGAUAUAGAGCAACAGAAGACGUACAUGUACUGA